AUGACAGGGACCGGGCCGGUUGUGGUGCUGCCGAAUCGUUUUGCCAACGAGGUCCGCAACAACAAGAGCCUGAGCUUCAACCGAUAUUUCGACAAGGACUUCUUCGUCAACUACCCCGGGUUCGAGGCAUGCCGCACCGGCUACAAGGACGGCACAUUCAUUCAGGAGGUCGUCAGGACAAAGCUUACCCAGUCCCUUGGGCUGGUCACCAAGGAUCUGGUCGAUGAGAUGACGGAUACUUGCCAACACGUCCUCGGGAACGACGCCCAAUUUCACGAGAUUUGCGUAAAACAAGCCACAUCAAAGAUCGUCGCAAAGCUGUCAUCCCGCGUCUUCCUCGGGAAGAACCUGGCGCGCAACGACAAAUGGCUGCGCAUCGCGGCGUCCUACACCCACGACUCCUACUCGGCUGCUCACGAGCUCCGCCAGUGGAACAUGUUACUACGGCCUUUUGCCUCCAGCUUCCUGCCGAACCUCCGCCGACUCCGCCGCGAGGUGCAGGAGGCCACCAGCUUGAUCAUGCCUGAGGUUGGGCUGCGGAAGGCCGUUGUCGAUGAGGCUCUGAAGGCAGGCAAUAAGCCUCCCAAAUCGGCAGACGCCAUCGGGUGGAUGCACGAGGUCUGCCGAGGCCGUCAGGUCAACUACGUCCACGGGCAGCUUUUCUUGAGCUUCGCCGCCAUUCAUACAACCACAGAGACUAUAACAGGCUGCCUGUUUGAUAUCUCCUAUUAUCCACAGAUCGUCCAGCCUCUUCGAGAAGAGAUCAUUCAGGUCCUGGGGCAGGAAGGCUGGUCCAGGACUGCGCUUCACAAAUUGAAGCUCCUGGACAGCUUCAUGAAGGAGAGUCAACGCAGACACCCCAUGGGUACCACAUCGAUGCAUCGCCACGCUGACGCAGACAUCCAACUGUCUGACGGGAGCCUCAUCAGAAAGGGCACCCGAGUCAUGGUUUCGGCAAGCACCUUCAUGAAUCCAGAGGUCUACCCAGACCCCGAGAAGUAUGACAUCUACCGCUUCUACAACCUCAGGAGCGCGCCGGGCCAGGAGAAUGCGUAUCAGAGGCGCCAGGAGGAACUCAACUUGGAUACUCUUGACUGCUAG